AUGCCUGCAAUUCGUGAAUAUGAUUUGUAUCCUAACGAUGUCGAAGAUGAUGAUGGGAUGCCCCCGCUCGUCGAUAACCCAAAUACAUCGAUGUCGUUUACUUUCUUCACCGAUAUGACUCCCAUCACCGCCUUCAGCGUUGAUCCAACCGCUCCCUGCGAGAAUGUAUGGGAUCACCCAGCGUCUGCGUCCCCUGUGGAGUUUACAGACUCCUCUGAAUAUCCUACAACCCAUACCGCCGAUCGCGUCUCUCAUGGCAAGAAACGGGACGCUUCGUACAUCCCACGCCCACCCAACGCUUUCAUUCUCUUCAGAUCGUCGUUCAUCCGGAGCCAACAAGUUCCGGAGAAGGUCGAGGGGAAUCACAGCACCCUGUCGAAGAUUAUUGGCAAAUACUGGAAAACUCUUCCUCGUGAGGAAAGAGAGAUCUGGGAGGCCAAGGCUCUCGUUGCUCAGGCGGAACAUAGAAAGCGCUACCCAGACUGGCGUUUCAGACCUGGCGCUAACGCACUUGCCAAGCUCAAGGUCAAGGAUCCCGGAAUAGCGAACCGGAGACGAAACGCGCAGAAUAACAAGAAAACCCGCGGAGAUGCUGAAUCGAAGAAGAAGAAUAAGAGUAAAGAUGAAAGGUGUUCGAUGAUUGCGGAUCUUCUUGUUGAAGGCAAGACUGGGGCUGAACUGGAAAGUGCGCUCAGAAACUGGGAGAACGGAAUUGCUAGGGAAGUCGUGUCGUGUAAAGGCGCUGUUGGCCAGGAAGGUGAAGAUCAUCGUGACGGAAGUGAUGGAGUGAGGUGGAGCGAAGCUUGCCUGACUACCGAUCACUUUCAGAUGGGGCCGGUUCAAUGCUCGCAAGACCUCUUCCAUCCCAGUCACAUCACACAGGUUAACGCCGAUGGCCACGAUCAUCUCGCCACGAGUCAACCUCGCUGCAAGACUCUACACGACGAUCGCUUCAAAGUACCUCUCACCGCGAUGUUCAAGCGUUCUCUGUCCACACCUGCUAGGCACUUCGCCUCUCCCGCGGAUGUACCAGAUCUUAGCCACAACGAUUCUCUAACCAGUAACUUCUCUGACGUCUUAUCCGACACUGCAAGUUCUCCACUCAGCGUCUGCAGUCCUUCAACUUUUCCAUCAGAGCAAUAUGAAGAUUUGUCAGUCGCUGUGUACGGUGAUUCCAUGGGCCAUCUGUCGCCCCUUCUUCUGCCGUCAGGAAUAGGGGAUGGUUCUCCUGCACGUUGGAAUGACCCCUACAAUCUCCUCGGAGCUCCAUCACCUGUUGGAUCGUUAUCAGACUGCCCCGGUCUGACAUAUGGACAUAGUCCCUCUGUUUCGCCAGUCGACGUGAGCUUUGGGAACUAUUCCUUCCCUUCGCCAACGCUAGCGGCACUUACUGCAACAAAGCCCCAGAAUAUUUCUGCUGGCCUCGAUUACCCCAUUUCGUACGAUACCCAGUGCUACUCCUCUUACUCGGCGCUCAAAGGGUGGGCCGAUGGGCAAUACGCGUCUUUUGAUACCUUUCCAGAAGGUCCCGUGCCACAGGUCUUUGUCAACCAACACGCCGGCGCACCACCAGCGAUCUACGAAUGGUCCCCUCUCGACGAUACCGUACGUGCUGACUAUGCACCUCAGCUUCAUAACGCAUUCGAAAGCAGCUACUACAACGAUUUCAGAUUCUGA